UGAAAAUCAAAUUCCAAUUUUAAAAGGCCCAGUCAUCAUGCUUUUUGGCAAGCGAAAUCGACGCUCCUCCCCUCUUCCGUCAGUUUCAGAAAGGCCCCGUCGCAGCCAGCCGUCGCCGUCGCAGCAGUCCAUCGCAACCUAGUCGCCGGCGUACGUCGCAGCUGGUCGUCGGUGCCCGUCGCAACCCAGGUUUCAGCACUGUUCAAACGCGACAGCAGCGGGUGGGAUCUGUUUCUUCCUUGUUUCGGUUUUAGAAUCUCGGAUUAGUGGUGUUUUCGCUGCUGCCCAGCAAGGAUUUAGAGGGAUUUUCUAGCGUUUGUUCGGUGUUGAAUCAUAAAAAUGGGAAUGGGAGAUACUGAGGAGAUAGAUGGUAAAUUGACAAGGAUGGUGUUUGUUACCGUGGGAACAACGUGUUUUGAUGCUUUGGUUAAAGCAGUGGAUACUGAGCAAGUGAAACAAAUUUUAUAUGCUAGAGGCUAUACCCACCUUCUCAUUCAGAUGGGACGUGGUACAUACAAUCCAACCAAGUCUCAUGGAGAAGAUGGGCUUGUUGUAGACUAUUUCUCCUUCUCUUCAAGCAUAGCUGAUCAUCUAAAAUCAGCAUCUCUCGUUAUUAGCCAUGCUGGGUCCGGAAGCAUAUUUGAGACAUUGAGACUCGGUAAACCGUUGAUUGUGGUAGUGAAUGAAGAUCUAAUGGACAAUCAUCAAAUUGAGCUUGCAGAAGAACUAGCUGAGAGGAAGCAUUUGUAUUGUGCUCGUCCCCAAACACUACAUCAGACUAUAGAGAGCUUGAAUUUAGAUUCUCUCAUUCCAUACGCACAAGGUGAUGCUAAACCAGUUGCCGCACUCAUUAAUAGGUUUCUAGGCUUUCCUGAAGAUUGAUGAACCGUAAAGCUUUUCUCCAAAUUAAACUCUUUAGUUGUUGAAGUUAUUAAUGUUAAUAGGUGUUUCAUGUUCUUAAUCACCACCAAUACAUCCAAAAUCCCAAGGGAAACAAAAUUUUGCCUUUUCCUUGCUACAUAUUCAAAGAAUCUUCCUGUCAACUGAGAAAUUCCUGAGCAUAAGUUUUACUUUUUUCAUGAACCAACAAGAUCUGUUUCUCAUCUCAAAUUUCACUGUUGGCUGAAAGAGGCAACAUCGACCGUUCUACAGUUACCAUUCUAUAUUCCUGGCUGUAUUUAUGAUGGUAGGUAUAUAGAUAUAUCUUCAGUCAGUUUUGACAUUUUCAAAAAGUGGUAGUAAAGUUAACUUUUGGUAUCAAUUAUAAUUUUUAAGCAUGUGACUGAUGCUGAUUGAUCAGCAAUCGAGAGAUUAAGAUCAUUGAGUCCUCAAUGUGAUGACAAAUUCACAUAAGCCAAGUUUUGGAUGGCAGUCAUAUUUGGAAGAGAAGACCUGCAUUAUGUUGUAUUUUUUGAGUUGGGAGUAAUUGAAAUGAACUCAUUUUCAUUCUCUGAAGGCCAGCUAAUCAGUUAUGUACAACAAAAGAGCUACCAACAAUAUGUAUCCUGUGAGCUUCCAGUUCAGCAUGAAGAAUUGAUACAAAGUGAAGGGACUGUCAAAGAUAGGAGACAAAAUUCCACACAUGCUGAUAAUGAUAUUCGACAGUGGUGAGUGGGGCUACCUAAGCUAAGGUAGUAAUGUCACUUCCAAAUGUUUGUAGAAUUAAGAGUAUGUUCAUAUUGGUUGCAAGAAAUUGGUUUUAAAGUGUUAUUUACUCAACAUUUGAGUGAUUUAAAA